AUGGCCGAAGCCUCCUUCGCGCAGACCUUCCUCUCCAGCCUCGAGGGCCGACCGAUCAAACUAUCAGCAGAUCAUGUCGAGAAUCCCAAGAGUUACCCUGCUCGCCCUCCCUAUAUCCUCCCACGGAUGGCCACAACCAUGUCGAAACCCUCCUCGCAACGGUCCGCACCUGGCCAAGAGCGCUCUGUCAAAGUGACACUGAAAUCCCUCCGUAAUCCUCCUCUCGACAUCAAGCUCUCCUCGCAACCGCGCACGACGUCUCUCCUGGACAUUAAGACGCAAGUCACUGCGCAGACUAGGAUCCCCACGGAGAAGAUCCGGAUACUGUACAACAAGAAACCUGUGCCUGAUAGCAAGGUGCUGAAAGAGGUCAUUGGGGAGGAGGAGUCCGUGGUGGAGUUUGCUGUCAUGGUCAUUGGCGGCGCGGCUGCGAUCCCGCCUGCUGAAGCUGACGUCCCGGCUGCCCCUACAGCCGACAUGGCAGGUGCAGAGGCCCUCGAGACGGCAGCGUUUUGGGAUGAUCUCAAGGGAUUCUUGAUGCAGCGAUUGAAGGAUGAGAGUGAGGCAGAGAAGUUGUCUGCAUUAUUCAAGUCAAGUUGGGAGAGCAGUCGAUCGAAACCGUGA